CAGUCUCACUGAGAGCACACAGACUAUUUGCACCAGUGCAUCAUGGAGAGAACCACUAUGGUGUUGGAUCGCAGGCCUCCUGCCCUACCAGAGUGCAACGUUUCACCUUCCACCUUGGCCUUCGACCAGCGUUUCACAUCGACUGCUCAGGGGAUCUUGCUCAUUGCCGAAAUAGUGUGUGGCAUAAUGGUGUGGAUUCUGUUGGCAGGCACUGAUUAUUUUAAUCUCUCUGCCCUGUGCAUGGCCCUCUUUGUUUCCAUCACUUGCUGGGUCAUCACCCUGUGCCUCUUUAUAAUUUACCUCACCGGGACCCAAAACAGGAUACCCAAGGUCCCCUGGACUACACUGUCAGUGUGUUUGAACAGUGGUGACACAGCUCUCUAUCUGCUGACAGCAGUGCUAGAAGUUUACUCACUGAAGACUACUGUCGCCGGACGUCACAACUACAACUGCUGGGCUGCGUCGUCUUGUUUCGCAUUCCUGACAGCAGUGUCUUAUGGAGGCAGCAGCUACCUCAGCUACCGUGCCUGGAAAGCCACUGAAGAAGAGCAAUAGUACUGUGUCGUAUUUUGUUGUGUUUCCUUGUCAAGGAAUUUGUGCUCUUACUGUAAGAGGCCAAUGCUUAUUCCAGUCAAACCUGUACAACUAUGCCACAUAUGAGCGUAGAUGCCAUCAACUAGCUUUUAAUGAGCAGGAAAACAAUGUAAAAAACAAACGAUGAUACAUUCAGUUCAGAUCAGUUCAGUUCAGUUCAGUUUCAGUUUAUUUCGAACAUGCAUACGAUACAAUGUAAUGCAUCACAUAUUUCCAGUUGUUUCAUUACAGCACGUCCGAAAAGGAGUAGGAAGAAGCUGAGCUUAUUUAAUCCUACCCCUUUUCAUACCAUAGCAAUUGUAUCCCAUUUUCUUGUUCUCUGUAACAGAACAGUGAAUAAAUCAUAUACCAUAGUAAGUAAACAAAUAUUAAAUACAUACAGUAAGUAUUCUUUAUCUAAAAAAAAAAAAAAAAAAAAGAGGGUUCAAUAUCUUCAUCAUAAUUAUUGUUCUGUUGUACUUUGUGAACACCUGUACUUUGAACAGUCUCUUACACUGAAUCAUAUUGGUGCUUUGUUUGAUUUCCUUAGGUAAUCCAUUCCAUAAUGUAAUUCCACAUACGGAUAUGCUAAAGGUUUUAAGUGUUGUACGAGCAUACAAAUGUACAACUAAAUGCCUGUUCAAGAAUAGAGCUAAAUAUUCAGAAAGUAUGCAAAUAUCUCACCAUUUUUAGCUCUCUCAACGCACUCAUAUAGGCCCAAAUCUCUGAUAGCCAGUGCUGGAAAUGCAGAAGUGCAGUGCCAGUGAGGAGGAAGAGUGAAACAUGAUAGAGAAUUAAUAAUAGUGCUUGUGAUUGUGCAUGAAAAAGUUGAAAACAAGUCAAUGAAACAGCUGUGAGAGCUUGGUUGGCUGGUAAAAUGUAUUUCGAAAAAUGUACACAGUGUCAAUAUUAUACAUCACAUAUUUUACAUAUUUUCUUUACAACAUGUCCAAAAAGGAGUAGGAAGAAGCAGGGAUUAUCCAAUCCUCCCCUUUUCUUAUGGACUCUGCGUUCUGCCUUAUUAAUGGGAACAAAACUUGAAUGACUCUCCACCGCUGUGGGCAAUGGCUACACGUUCGUUGUGCAUAUUGAUUUUAAAAACAUUCCACACCAUAGCAAUUAUUAACACAUACUUCCUGUUCUCAAUUUACAUCAAUGUGUUCUAAAUACAUCGGCUCUUAUCAUAGGUAGUUGAAUCAGUUACGAUUCGCUUAUGAGAUGGAUGAUAUUUCAUUUUCAAUAAACUCAUGACGUGACUCAGAAUUCUUCUUCUUUGUACUUUUUAAACACUUGUAAUUUGAACCGCCUCUUAAACUGGAUCAUAUUAGUAUUUUGUUUGAUUUCUUUACUUAAUCCAUUCCAUAAUUUAAUUACACAUACUGAUAUGCUAAAGGACUUAAGUGUUGUACUUGCAUACAUAUGUUUUAAGUUAGAUUUUCCUCUAAGGUUAUAUUUUAACUCUUUUGUUGAGAAGAAUUGUUGGACAUUCCUGGGUAGCAGGUUAUAGUUUGCUUUGUGCUUAAUUUUAGCAGUUUGCAAAUGCACCAAAUCAUUGAAUUUCAAUAUUUUGGAUUUUAUAAAGUGUUUGUAUGUUCUCUGUAUCCAACAUUAUGUAUUUUUCUGACUGAUCUUUUUUGUAACACAGUUAGAGAAUAAAGUGUAAUUUAGUAAUUAUUUCCCCGUAUUUCUGCACAAUAACUCAGAUAUGCUGACACUAGCGAGCAGUAGAGAACAUGAAGUGAACUUUACUUCUGCGUCAGACAGAACUUAGGAUAACUUGUUUCUCUUGGUUCUUACACUGAGUCAGGGUGUAUUAUUUCAUAUAUGUAUCUUUAUUAUUUCGCUGUGCUGUUACUUUAUGUUACUUUUUUGUGUCACAUAUGAACAUUAAUUUUCUGUAAACAGUGUGAUCAUGGUCAUGUUAUGUUGCAACCUGCACCGAUUUGACACACUCACUUUAGAUCUGGUUUUAAGAAUAUGCUUUCAGUGGCCUUGUGGAUUAGAUCAUGGGUUCUUAACCUUUUUGCCCUCGUGGCCUGACCUAUCCAAUACAGAGGAGCCCGCGGCCCACUCAAAUAUUAACACUAAAUUAGUACUUUGAUUUUAUCGUAUUCAGUAAUUACAUCUAACCUGCUUAGAGUACAGUCUAACAGGAUAAACCUUGUCAAAUGAUAUGAAACCAUGUGUUAAUCACAAAAAAUCCACUAUGGACUGGACUUUCACAAUAUUAUGUCAGACCCACUCGACAUCCAUUGCUUUCGGUCUCCCCUAGAGGGGGGGGAGGUUACCCACAUAUGCGGUCCUCUCCAAGGUUUCUCAUAGUCAUUCACAUCGACGUCCCACUGGGGUGAGUUUUUCCUUGCCCUUAUGUGGGCUCUGUACCGAGGAUGUCGUUGUGACUUGUGCAGCCCUUUGAGACUCUUGUGAUUUUGGGCUAUACAAAUUGUCAUGUCUGUUCAUGUUUUUGUUUUGGUCAUGCGUCAUGUCUGUUCAUGUUUUUGUUUUGGCCAUGUGUUUGUUUUUUUGGACUCUUUUUAGUUCCUGGUUGCACUUCCUUGUUUGGUUUGGUUUCCAUGGUCACCCAUUAGUUUUCACCUGUCUUGUCACGCACCUGUUUCACGUUUCGAGUCACGCACCUGUUUUCACUGAUCAUUAAAUCUUUCUGUUUCUGUUGUUCGUCCUGGCGUCCUCAAACAUUCACACUCCUGCCACUCUGAUGAUCCAUGCUGCUCUUUUUCAUGUUUUUGCUCAUACCAAGUAAGUUUUGUUUAUUAAGACCACAGUUAGUGUUUUUGUUUCUUUGUUCAUAGUUUUUGUGCCCACGUGCAUGUCUUUUGUUUCUUAGUCAAGUUUGUGUUUCCGCCUUUGUGCGCGCCUUUUGUUUGCUUCCUUUUUUUUGUAGUUUAUUAGUGUUAAAAAAUAAAUAAUGUAUUUAAAUUCACGCCUUGCCCGCGCCAAUUUUCCUUUGCCUUCCGGAGAAGCAAACCCCAAGAAUCAAGUCAUGACACAAAUAAACAUUGAUUGAUUGAUGAUUGAAAAAUAUUAUCAAGGCUAAGGUCAGUAAGAUUACAAUAUAAAUACUAAAAAAAUAUACUGCAG